AUCCCGCACGGAGGUGACUCGAUCGUCGUAUGACAUUCUCCAGGAUAAAGCCAAUAACAAUGCAUGGCUUGUAAGCCGCCAAUCAUGGCUCAAAGGAAGAGGCCCGGGACCAGCGGAGGAAACAGUAUGGCUGCUCCGGGCCCCGCCUCCUGUCCCGCCCCUCAUCCUACGGAGUCAUGUGACCUUAAAGCCCUCCCCGCACGCCAACGCCCACUGCGCUACCCCAAAGAGUCACAUGAUUCCAAACCCCACUCCUGUAAGGCACAAUACUCGUCUCCCAAGUCUCAAGACGCUGGUCGCAGUCAUCAUCCAGAUCAUCAUCCGGAGGCGGAUGCAGAUGCUGAGGUGGAGGUGAAGCGGUACGGCAGCCAAGCAGAUGCAGAAGUUGAGGAUCAGCGGCCGGCGACACCGUCCACACCUGAACAUAACCACGACCCAGAUGACCAGGACCAGGCGGACUUCCACGGUGGAGCCGACAGCCUGGACGACGACUCCAGCUCUGACUACAUCAACAACACCUCGGACGAAGAGGAAGACUACGAUGAUGGACUGGCAGAGGAGGAUGAAGGCGUGACUUACUACAUCCGCUACUGCCCAGAGGACGACAGCUACCUGGAGGGAAUGGACUGCAGCAGCCAGGGGAACUGCAACCACGGCCACGGCCACGGCCACGGCACCGGCCACGGCCAGGGGGACUGCACCGGCACCGGCAUGCAGCUGGACGGCUCCCACACCGACGAAUGCCAGGAGGCCGUGGAGGGCUGGACCGAGGAGGGCGAGGGCGAGGGGGAGGCGCGAGAGGAAGAGUGGGUGGAAGACGACGAGGGGGAGGGGGCGGUGAGGGAGGAGUGGAGAGAGGAGGAGGAGGAGGAGGAGGUGAGGGAGGAAUGGAGAGAAGAGGAGGAGGAGGUGAGGGAAGAGUGGAGGGAGGGGGACGAGGAGGGACGGCCGGAGUGGAGGGAGGAGGGCCAGGGCCGGCAGGAGCAGUGGGCAGGAAGGGAGAGGCACAGGAUGGAGGAGUGGGGUGAGGGAGAGGGGGAGGUCCGCUGUGAGGUGGUGGAGCAAGAUCCAGAUGAGCAGAUAUACAACGGACGACCCGAACCCAUCCUGGACCACCACCACCACCACCAUCACCACCACCAGCCCCCGAUGCAGGACGGCCUGCACGCCCGGCGGGCCAACAGGGAGGAGGAGGAGGAGGAGGCCGAGAGCGAGGAGUACUGCCCCAACGAGGAGGAAGACGAUGAAGGGGACGAGGAGGAGAGGCACGGGAGGGCCUACACCGGAGACUACUACGCCCCCGAAGACAACGGGAACUCGGUGCGAGUCUCUCCGUACCGAAGCCGCAAGGUGCUGGUGGUGGAGGGGGAGACGGGGGAGGAGGCGGAGGAGGACAUUGACCAAAUAGUUGCUGAGAUUAAGAUGAGUAUGAGCAUGGGCAGUCUGAGCAGCGGCACCGACCAAAGCCCCGAGGAGCUGGCGCAGGACCCGGCGCCGAGUGACUACCCUCAUUCCAAACCUGACGCGGUCCCCUACCCGCCGGCCCACCACCGCCACGACAGCAGGCCCAAGUCCCUGAACCUGCCCUCCAUACACCACAACAACCCCGAGCUCCAGAGGGGCAUCAAGGUGCAUCCACGCUCCCCUGAAGACAGGCAGAGAUGGGCACAGGAGCAGGUGAGCAACGGAGCUGAGCAGCCCAGGAAGCAGCAGCGCUCCGACCUCAACGUUCCCCUGGAGAACAACAACGUUCCUGAGCCAACAAAGAAGGUUGCGUCGUUCCCCAGCUUUGUCGACGUCCCAGGACCCUGCGAGCCAGAAGACCUGAUUGAUGGGAUUAUCUUUGCUGCUAACUACCUGGGCUCCACUCAGCUGCUGUCUGAGAGGAACCCCUCCAAGAACAUACGCAUGAUGCAGGCCCAGGAGGCCGUCAGCCGGGUCAAGAGGGUUCAGAAGGCUGCCAAAAUCAAGAAAAAGGCGAGUGCAGACGGAGACGCUCAGACCCUCACCGAGGUCGAUCUCUUCAUCUCCACCCAGAGGAUCAAAGUCCUCAACGCCGACUCGCAGGAAACGAUGAUGGACAACGCGCUCCGCACUAUCUCCUACAUCGCUGACAUUGGGAACAUCGUGGUCUUGAUGGCGAGGCGCCGGAUGCCACGCACAGCCUCACAGGACUGCAUCGAGACGACGCCCGGGGCGCCCGAGGCCAAGAAGCAGUACAAGAUGAUCUGCCAUGUGUUUGAGUCUGAAGACGCUCAGCUCAUCGCCCAGUCCAUCGGCCAGGCGUUCAGCGUGGCCUACCAGGAGUUCCUGAGAGCCAACGGCAUCAACCCCGAGGACCUGAGUCAGAAGGAGUACAGCGACAUCAUCAACACCCAGGAAAUGUACAAUGACGACCUCAUUCACUUCUCCAACUCUGAAAACUGCAAAGAGCUGCAGCUGGAGAAGAGCAAAGGCGAGAUCCUGGGCGUGGUGAUCGUGGAGUCCGGCUGGGGCUCCAUCCUCCCCACGGUCAUCUUAGCCAACAUGAUGAACGGCGGGCCGGCAGCUCGCUCUGGCAAGCUGAGCAUCGGAGACCAGAUCAUGUCCAUCAACAACACCAGCCUCGUGGGGCUGCCGCUCGCCACCUGUCAGGGAAUCAUUAAGGGCUUAAAGAACCAAGUCCAGGUGAAGAUGAACAUCGUCAGCUGCCCUCCUGUCACCACGGUCCUCAUCAAGAGACCGGAUCUGAAGUACCAGCUGGGCUUCAGCGUCCAGAACGGCAUCAUAUGCAGCCUGAUGCGAGGAGGCAUCGCCGAGCGAGGCGGCGUCCGCGUGGGCCACAGGAUCAUCGAGAUCAACGGGCAGAGCGUGGUGGCCACGGCGCACGAGAAGAUCGUACAGGCGCUCUCCAACUCUGUCGGCGAGAUUCACAUGAAGACCAUGCCGGCAGCCAUGUUCAGGCUUCUAACGGGGCAGGAGACACCCAUGUACAUAUAA